AUGGCGGCGGAUGGAGCGUUACACACAAAACCCAAAAGGGUGUCAUCAUCAUCAUCAUCAUCAACAACAACAACAAAUCAAACCCAAAAUAACAAAAAGAAGGCAAGUAAAUUCUACUCUCAUUUCAUGUUCAAAGCCAUAAUCAUAGCAAUUUUCCUAGUUUUAAUCCCCCUUUUCCCAUCUGAAGCUCCCGAUGUUAUCAGCCCAUCAAUUUUUUCACGAUGGUGGGAGCUUCUUCACUUAAUUUUUGUGGGAAUUGCUGUUUCCUAUGGUUUAUUUAGCCGUAAAAACGUUGAUUCUGACCCUGAAAUCGCCUCUAAAUUUGAUACUGCUCAAUCUUAUGUCUCUAAAUUGCUUCAAGUUCCUUCUGUUUUUGAUGAUGAUGUUGAUAGCCCAACUGGGUCCGAUGAUCUUACUAAUACUAAUAAUAGUAGUAAUAACAAUAAGGUACAAACAUGGAGUUCACAGUAUUAUAGAAACGAACCUGCACUUCUAGUAGCUAAUAAUCGUUCUGUAGUGAAUGAAAAUACUAAUAAAAUGGGGGCCGGCGAAAUUCCCCUGUUGUUGCCUGUAAGAAGUUUGAAAUCUCGGGUUUCAGAUGGAGAUGGUGAUGGAUUGGUUGAUUCUGGGGUUUCUAGGGUUUAUGCUAGAUCUAAUUCUAUUCACAAUAUUACGGAAUUCUCUAAUGAUUCAAGGAGAAAUGGUAGAAAUGAUGAGGAUUCUGGGGUUUCUAGAGUUCAUGCUAGAUCUAAUUCUAUUCACAAUAUUACGGAAUUCUCUAAUGAUUCAAGAAGAAUUAGUAGAAAUGAGGAGGAUUCUGGGGUUUCUAGGGGUUAUACUAGAUCAAAUUCUAGUGUGAAUUUGAAGGGAUUAGUGAAUGAUUCUAAGAGGAUGAGCAGGAAUGACAGUGGGAAGUCUCGAACCUCGGUUCGUGGUGAAUUUGGGUCUGCUAAUGGGGAUGGUGAGGUUUCUAGGUCAUUGAGUAGAACCAGUUCAGACUCGAGUUCACGGGGUUUUCCGAGGAUUUCAAGGAAAUCUUCUGGUGGGGAUUAUGGAGGAUUGGAUGAUGAAGGUGUUGGUGAAGUUAAAGAAACGAAUGUGCUACCAUCUCCAAUUCCAUGGAGAACAAGGUCAGGGAGAAUUGAAGUUAACAAGGAAUCCUCUGAUUCUUCUUUACAUUCAUUGCCACCAUCACUUGAGGAAAGUGGUGCUGCUCAGUUGUUGAGAUCACAGUCCUCGUUGUCAUCUCGAUCAAGUUCACCGAAAAGACUAUCUCCUUCACCAUCGUUGUCAUCGGAAUCCAUAGCUAAAAGUGUUGAAGAUUAUGGGAGAAGGAAGCUUGUUUAUAGUUCCCAUCUUCCACCACCUCCUCCACCGCCACCACCACCACCUCCAUCGAGUCAUAGAACACACAUUGUGAAAUCGUAUUCUAGCAAGGACAAGGAAGAAACUUCCAGCCCGCGCAAGGAUUUCAAACGAAGUAUAUGGAGUGAACCAAAGGAAAUAGUAGGCAGAGCAAAUAGGGAGGAACAACAACUGGACAGAAGUAAUACUACUGGGUUGGACACAAAAGCUAGAAAUAGCAUUGAUAGUUCAUCAUCUGUUGGGAAAUCUGUUAGAACUUUUAGAGCUGAUGAGAUGAUGUCAACAAGAAAAACCCGAGAAAUUGAGGAAGAUGACAGAAGAUCGGAGGAUAUUGGAUCUGAAAAUCAAGAGAGAAUAACUCCCGGGUACAAUCCAGUGUCAAGGGUAUCUUUCUCAGACUAUCCAAAGGAAACUAGGGAUUUUCUUGAACAGGUUCUGGUGGGAAGUGAUGAUGAUUCUGGAAGCGAGGAUGAACAUUAUGUUGAAGAACGAGUGGAAACUGCAAAGGUUGGUGAAGCGCCUUCUGAUAAUGUCGAUGAAGGGCCUGAUGUUGACAAGAAAGCUGAUGAGUUUAUUGCCAAAUUCAGAGAGCAGAUCAGACUUCAGCGAAUUGAGUCUAUCAAGAGAACAGCUGGGCAACUUAAAAGAAGCUCUUUGAGGUAA